AUAGCUAUAAGGAGGACUUGUGGAGAGAUGCAAGUUCAGUGUAUGUGCUAUGCUGGCUGAAGGUGAAAGCAUGGCGAGUACAUCGCUGUGUGCUGCCAAUGCAUCGGAGUCUCAGAAUCUCCGACAAGUGUCAGGUUUUGUAGAAAAUAAGACCACACAGUGCUCAUUUUCCAUUGAAAGUAUUUUGGGAUUGGAGCAGAAAAAGGACAGCAUUCCGGCCGUGAAACCUCACCGACCAUGGAUGGAUGCACGCACCAACUUGGUUUUAGGUGAUGAUGGUAAUCCUCAUCUACAAAUCCCUGUUGUUUGCUAUGAAAAUCCAUUAUUUCAUGCUAACAGUAAUCCAGUGCAAGAAGACAAAGUUUUGAAAUGUGAAAAAUAUUUUUCAGUCACGGAAAGGCUAACUUUCAAACGAGAAUUGAGCUGGUACAGGGGUAGAAGACCAAGAACUGCAUUCACUAGAAACCAGAUUGAAGUCUUGGAAGAUGUUUUUAAAAUUAAUUCCUACCCUGGCAUUGAUGUUAGAGAAGAGCUAGCUCGCAAAUUAGAUUUAGAUGAAGACAGGAUCCAGAUCUGGUUCCAGAACCGUCGUGCAAAGCUGAAAAGAUCACACCGCGAAUCUCAGUUUCUAAUGGUGAAAAACUCUUUCACCGCCAGCCUGCUAGAGUAGAACGAAGGGUGGUUUGCUGUUACCUGCUGCCAUAGAACACAACGAAUUAUUGUGAUUGUCAUCACUUGUAUUAAGUAAUGAUGGUAUAUUGAUUAUGAUUUUAUCUCCAGAUUUGAAAGUUUAUAAUAAUUUUCAUUCAAAUAAACUGUAAAUA